UCUGAUAUAGCUUUUUGUUGUUGUUUUUUCGGGUAUAUUGAAUGGUUGAUAUUUAUCUCUCUACCGGCACCACCAGAGAGUAGAUAACAAGUAAACAAAACAGAAUUUCCAACCAAACAAAAAACACAGGGAUACCCCUAGAAUCGGUUCAGUUUACUGUUGUUAAAGUUUUUUUUUUUUUAUUUUUUUGUAUUUAACACUUGCGGUGGGGAUUCAGAGAGUAACAGUUACGGUUUUGGUUUCAAACUCGAUAGUUGUAGUCUCAUAAUAUCGUUUGUUGAGUCUACUAGCUGCUCUCCAUUGAAACAGAGUGCCUAGCAUUGGAUCAGUGAGAAAUAUCAGUGUGAAUAAAAAAUUGUGAUUUUUGAAAUUUAAAAAAUUCACUCUUCUUAUAACGAAAAAAAUAAAAGAAUUUUUUUUAAAUAAAUAAUAAAAUUAAUUUUAUUAUAACGAAGUGAAAUUGAAAUUUGCAAUUUAUAGAAAAUAAAAUAAAAGCUAUCGAUAUUUUUUUUUCAAUUUCAAUUGAUUGAAAAAAAUUAUUCAAUUUUCGAAAAAUAAAAAUCAAAAAUUGAAAAUGUAUUCAAAAAUGGGAUGUAAAUGGAUGCUUACUGUUGGAGUUAUUAUUGUUACUUUUCUGGCAGCGACCAAGCAGACAAAUGCCCAGAUCUACUUACUGAAUUACAGUGAUGAAAGAGUCAAUGCGGCAAAGCUUGCAGAAAAAAGAUUCGACUUGGUUAAUAAUACAGAUAUAACAGAAGUUUAUACAAUUAACACUUCAACAAGAAUAUCCUCGGAUUUAUCACAAUCGACAAUGGAUGCAAUAACAAUUGUUUGGUAUGUCUCAACAUUCCUAGCAUUGGUAGCAUUCUUCUCCUUGAUGGCAUGUUCAGAUCGUAAAUGUGGACGUCGAACUCCAGCUCCAACUCUAGAUGAUCAAUUACAAGCACCACCAAGUCCAGCACCAUCAUAUAGUGAAUUUGCACCUCCAAGUUAUGAAACUGUUUUUAAGAAACAUUAUUCACCAACAGCAACGGUAUUUGUUGUACAAGUGCCAUAUAUCGAAACCGAAAAGGACAAAGAUCCACCACCACCAUUUACAUUUCACACAAUAAAUGAAUUACAGAAAUUUAGUUGCUAAUUUUAUAAAGAGUAUAUAAAAAUAUCUAAUUUAUAGAAUUUUAAGAGAAUAAUAAUAAGUCUUUCAAAUUAGACUGUGCCAAACUGUGAUUCUAGAAAAUAAGUGAAAAAUUUAAAAUGAUCUUCGUCCUUGAUACCUUUAAUUAAAAAUUUAAAAAAAAAAAAAAUAUUUAUUACUAAUUGUUAAACAAAACUGAAAAAAAAAAGAAAAUAAUAUAUUUUUUUUAAUGUAAGACAAUUUUUAUAGAAAGACUGACUUUGUGUGGCUGCUAUUGAAUAAUGUUAAAAUAGUCUUAAUCUAC